AUGGCUAUUGAAACGGAAUGCAAUGCAGAUCGGACUUAUAUUGUAGGAGAAGAUACUUUAUUAGAAGCGUUGAAAGAGAUGAUGAGAAGAACCGCUGGCCCUGCUACAUCACCCUUGCCUCCCGCAAGCUGCAUCUUCAACGUUCCCGAAGCUCUCUGGAUGCAUAAUCCGAAGGCAUAUGAGCCUUACGUCGUCUCAAUCGGACCCUUUCAUCGAGGACGCGAUCAUGAAAAACUCCAGCGCAUGGAAACUGUGAAGCAGUGGUAUUUAGAUACCCUUCUCGUCCGCGUGCAUAUAAGCUCACAAGAAUUCAUCCAGCGCAUUAAUGAUGAAACGGAGAAUGGCAUCAUUGAGUUUGAGAAACGGGCCCGUUCUUUUUAUGCAGAACCACUUGAUCACCUUAAAGAGAAAGAGUUCAUGGAAAUAAUGAUACUUGAUGGUUGCUUCGUAAUACAUCUACUUUGGAAGAUUGUCAAUGGGAAAAAAGAUGAUGAUGACCCCAUAUUGAACAUGGAUUGCAUGUUCCAGUAUGUAUGUCAUGAUCUUUUGCUAUUAGAAAAUCAGCUUCCUUGGUUUGUUCUCAGCUGUUUAUAUCGCCUUACCUUGGGCAAAAUCUACGGUGGACCCCCGUUCAAUGUAGUCCUUACCCAAGCCUUCCGCUCACAAAACUCGUUGGAGAAAUUUAUCGACUCCUAUUUACAAUCUCUUAAGAAAACUGGCCAGAAUAAGGAGAGUCUGAAGAAAACAGAAGAGUCUAAUGAAAAGGCUGCUUUGCACAUACUUGAUCUAAUCAGAUUUUUCAUUGUUUUGGAAUUCGAACCAAAGAAAGGAGAGUCUGAAGAAGAGUUAGAAUCGGAUAUUCCUCCAGCCACUGCUCUCUCAGAAGCAGGCGUCAAAUUUAAAAAGGGCGACUCGGCUGAUAAUCUACUGAACAUCAAAUUUGAUAACCGGGAUUUAACAAUUCCAGAACUAGCAGUUGCAGAGUUGACCGAACCAUUUUUGAGGAACCUCAUCGCCUUUGAGCAGUGCUAUCAUGGUCGUUCUCAUCAAAUAACAUCUUACGCCGUUUUCAUGGAUAAACUCAUCAGUUCCGAUAAGGAUAUAAAGCUUCUUUCUGAGAAAAAGAUCUUAGCUAACUGGCUCAACGUUGAAGAUGGUUCUAAGUUCUUUAACAGCCUUUACAUUGACACCUCAGUCAAAGAUUUCCAGUAUCACAAACUCUGCGUUGAAGUGAAUAAAUAUUACCAUGUUAAAUGGAACAGGUACUUCGAACAAUUUAGGCGCGACUACUGCAGUACCCCAUGGAAAGUUAUUGCUUUGGCUGUAGGGAUUCUCCUUCUGCUUGUCAACUUAAUGCAGCUCGUCAUUAGCCUUCAAAUCCUCAACACUUUUUACGGGUAUAAGGGUCAAUGA